AUGGCCGGCCCUCAGACUAAAAAACCAGGCAGUGAGGUCGGCCGAAUUGUUCGCGAUCUCAAUAUACACUUCGGUACCGACCUGCCAGUGCCUACUGGGGAAUACACCACACCAUCUUCGCAAAACACGGCAGUUUCAGAGAAAUGUGUUUCACACAUUACGUAUUUACACUUCAAAGGAGGGAACCUCGCAGGCGCUAUAUCCAGUGUCGAGGAAUGGGCAUUGGGUAAUAUACCUGGCUGGAGGGUGCAGUCAAACCAAACAUUUUCAUCAAUCUUCCCCCGACGCGGAAAUCCACCCCAGGCAAGAAGACUAUCAGAGAAUCAUAAGAACGAUUUAACUGAAGAACUGCAUAAAUGUCUAUCGAGCGAGGUUUGGCUUGUCAGGAACAGCAUAGCGAAUUCCGAUAGCCCACCCUUCAACCUAUCGAGACGUGAAAGCUUCACCUCUACCACAACUACUGCUACCACAAUUGUGAUCCCUCCUGAAACUAGGGUGAUCCCUCCUGAAACUAGAACGCAACCAAUUAAGCGGCGACAGGAUAAUAAUAUCGAGGUAUUUUCCACAGCGCCUUCAUCCCCCGUUUUUGAAUUUGAUACACCCUCUUCAUCCGACGAUUGCGAUGGCGGUUACGGUUCUGAUACCUAUACGCUUUCCGAUUUCGACGAGUUUGAUGGCUUUGAUUUCGAUUUUGUUGCAGAAGUCUUGACUGAUUAUAAUGGUGAGAAUCCAGAAUUCCCCUAA